GUCGGAGCUCGGCCUCUCCCCAGCACGCUCCCAGCAGCUUCGGUUCAGAACCAGCGAGGGAACCAGGAGCGAGGCUCACGAUCCCCCGGCGGGCCGGACUCCCGGGCUGCUGAGCGCUCCCGCGUGUGGGGCGCUCGGAGUCCCCGCGGCUGGAGAGGGGUCAGGACUCCAAAACAUCAGGCGUGUCUGUGGGCUUCAGCUCCUGUGGCUUCCCGGGUCCCGCGCAGCGAGCCCCAGAGACGCGCUCAGCAGCAGGACCACCGCGGAACGAGAUCGAGAUUGAGAACCACUGCAACUACCACAAUGGGCAGCAAAACUUUGCCAGCCCCGGUGCCCAUCCACCCAUCCUUGCAGCUCACCAACUACUCUUUCCUCCAGGCAGUGAAUGGCCUUCCCACAGUGCCCUCGGACCACCUGCCCAAUCUGUAUGGUUUCAGUGCUUUGCACGCUGUGCACCUGCACCAGUGGACGCUAGGUUACCCAGCCAUGCAUUUGCCCCGCUCCUCUUUCUCCAAAGUGCCGGGUGCAGUAUCCAGCCUGGUGGACGCGCGCUUCCAGCUGCCGGCCUUCCCUUGGUUCCCUCAUGUCAUCCAGCCCAAGCCAGAGAUCACCGCUGGGGGCAGCGGUCCAGCGCUCAAGACCAAGCCUCGCUUUGAUUUCGCCAACCUGGCCCUGGCCGCCACACAAGAAGAUCCCACUAAGCUUGCCCGAGGGGAGGGCCCAGGCUCCCCCGCAGGUGGGCUAGGUGCCCUCCUGGAUGUGACCAAGCUGUCCCCAGAAAAGAAGCCCACGAGGGGACGCCUGCCUUCCAAGACCAAGAAAGAAUUCGUCUGCAAGUUUUGUGGCCGCCACUUCACAAAGUCCUAUAACCUACUCAUCCAUGAGCGGACGCACACGGAUGAGCGGCCCUACACCUGUGACAUCUGCCACAAAGCCUUCCGGAGGCAAGACCACCUACGAGACCACAGAUACAUUCACUCCAAAGAGAAGCCUUUCAAAUGUCAAGAAUGUGGAAAGGGAUUCUGCCAGUCCAGGACUCUCGCUGUCCACAAGACGCUACACUCACAGGUGAAGGAGCUCAAAACCUCCAAGAUCAAAUGCUAAACAGCCUCUGGGCCACCAGGACCCUGGCCACGCUGCCCCCUCCUCCGGAGGAACCCGAAGCUGAAGGCGACUCUGGCGGGCAGCGGGAGGGGCGCUUGGGACUUCCCCCCACCCCAACAAUGUCCCCUGGGUCCUCGGCACACGCGGCACUACAGAGUCCUGCCCGGGGCCAUGACCCUGACCGCCCGGGCGGCUCCCCCAGGACGCGGCUUAACUUUGGGCCAAAAGGCGGUACUCACGUGGCGGAAGGGAAACUGCAUUAAAAACAGAACGAAAGCUCCGUGGAGACGCAGCGGCGCCUCUCCCAGAAGUAUUACUUUUUCUAUUGUUAUUUUAUACAUUUUCUUUAUUUUUUUUUUCUUUGACCAUAUAAGCUUGUAACUCUUGACUGCGGAUAGGAGAGAGGAAAAAAGUUCUGCGCGCCCGCAACUUCUGACUCCUUCUCCAGUCCCCAUCCCCACCCUGGGAGCCUGCAAAAGUGUAAUCGGUGUAUCUGCUUCAGCCGCCCGGCCCCAGGGACCGCGGGGCCCGGAGCGCCGGCUCCCAGCUGCUGCCGCGCAGCCGGCCGAGGGCUCCCGGACUCGGAUGGCGGGGCAGGGAUCUCGCGCCCGGGGUCGGGAGGAGCCCAGCCGCGGCUCCCCUGCUCCACCGCCGCGUCACAGCGAGCGAGCAGCCGGCCAGGAGCCGGGCGUUGUAUUGCGACUGGCACUUUAUGCUGACCAUCGGUAACGGACAUUUAUCACUGGAGUUGUUUUUUUUUUUUUUUUUAACUAUUAAAUAAACGGUUAUUUUACAGGCA